AUGGACAGCACCACCUCGCUCUUCGAUGAACUCGACACCGAUGGUGACGGCCUGAUAAGCCUCACCAGUCUCCGCGAGCACCUUUGCAUCUCGUUCAGUGCCCUCUACCCCGACGUUGACAUUGCCGUCUCCAAGCUUGACCUUGUCCUAGCCACGCUUCUGCCAGCAAACGCCAAGCAUGAGACAGAACGUCACCUCGACCUCGUGCAAUUCCGCAUGCUUGUUGCUCAGCAGUGGGGCAUCGAUGAGACACGAGUCGAAAACGAAGCCAAUUUCAAGGCUGCUCUGGAUCUGAACCCGGCCGCUAUUUCCUCCUCUGAUCUUGCCCCACCUACAUGGGCGGCGCGCACGUCUGCCGUUUGGCACCUGUCUCGCUAUCGCUACCUUUUUAUUCUCGUCGUUGUCCUUACCACCUGCGGCACGUCCGUGGCUACUUUCAUCGACUAUUACUGGAACGCGCAGGCAAGGCGCGCCUUUGGGCCCGGACUGAUUGUUAGCAAGACAGCAGCUGGUGCCCUCUACCCAACGCUGCUGUUCAUGAUCAUCUCCAUGUCGCGAUGGCUGCCCACCUUUGCCAAACACUUUGGCUUCCUCACCACCUUCAUCAACUGGGACCACAGUCAACGCUUCCACAUCAUCAUGGCCUGCCUUACCCUUCUCUUCGCUACAAUACACGCUGCAGGUCACCUUGCUGGCUCUUUUCGUCAGGCGACGCUCGCUGACCCGAAAGACCUGCUGCCCUAUUUGCACGGCCCAGACACCAGACGAAGCUAUGCGAGCUUCAUGCGGAUGUUGCCCAUGAUUACCGGCUUUUUCGCCAUCGCCAUCCUCUAUAUCAUGGCGCUCUGCGGCAUGCCGGCUGUGCGUCGAAAGCACUUUGAGCUAUUUCAGCUCUCCCAUCUGCUCAUGUUCCCCUUUUUCGCACUAAUGAUCGCCCACGGCACCGAUCACCUGCUCCAGUUCCCCAUUCUGGGCAUCAUCAUCGGGCCUGCCGUAGUCAUCGUGACUGUCGAGCGCAUCCACCGGCAUCUCUAUCGUGGCUUCCUCCGCUCUCACGAGGCUGUCUUGACCGUCAUUGACUCGAGUACGGUUCGUCUGCAGUUCAGCAGUCUCGACUUGCCGCGCCUUCUGCCCUUUCGAGCGGGCCAGUAUGUCCUGCUGCAGGUGCCCGAGAUCAGCCGGUGGCAGUGGCACCCAUUCACCAUCUCGAGCUGCCACCGUCGGGGAACGUCCGUGACUGGCGAUGUCGACGACGAUGGUGAGGGAAAUGCCAAUGGCAACGAUGGCGACGAAGUGACUUUGCACAUCCGAACAAUAGCAGGCAGCUGGACCCGGCAGCUGCGCGAACUGGCCACUAACCAGCCACACAAGGACGGCGGUGAGACCCCUGGCGGAGAAGCCAGCUCCGUCAGCAUACGCAUAGGCCUUGACGGACCAUUUGCGGCGCCCUCGGACGUCUUCUACCGCUACGACCGCACCAUCAUUGUGGGUGCCGGCAUCGGGGCGACACCGUGCAGCGCCAUCGUCCAAGAUCUGAGUCAGCGAUGGAAGGCCGAGAUGGAUCCCUGGACCGAGAAGUAUGCAAGCAAGAGUCGCAAUAGAACGAGGGCUGCGAAGACUCAAUUGGGCGGUACACCAUCGUGGUCACCCGCGCCGCCGCCGUGCGCAGCAACUCUGCCAUCCACGUGGGGCUCUGCAAAGCUUGAUUCCACUUUGCCAGGUCAAGGACAGUCCCUCACCGAAAGCUUAGGCCAAGGCACAGGAUACAUCACCUCUCACCCAACGCAGCACCGACAAGAAUCGCGCCAAAUGACAAAACCCGCAUCAGUGCAGUCCUCCAUCGACAGUAUUGAGCAACGCCAAACUAAAAGUGCCGACGACUUGAAUAAUACAGGCGAAGACAUCAAAGAAAGGAAAGCCUCAAUCUCCAGUCGAAGUGCCCCUUCGCUGUGUAAAGGAGCAUUGGCCGAGCGGCCAUCGCACCCUGAAGCAUCUACAAUAGCAGACCCCCACAGCACAUAUGCAGCUGUCAGCCUCGAUAAAGGUUCAAGAUUGUCGCGAUUUGGCGCAAGGCGCAAGUCCAGCCCGCAAACUUCCCUCCUCGCCAAAGACAAGGAGAACACUCCGUCCCAGAAGCGCGUCGACUUUGUCUGGACCGUCCGGUCUGCCUCGGAUCUCGACUGGCUCCUACCGACGCUUACCCAGGCCGCUUCAGGCCUGCCAAGCUGGAUCCAGGUCAACAUUCUGCCAUUUAUUACCUCGUCAUCCUCCUCGCUGACCUCCUCACUGGGGUCAAGGUCUACGACGGGCGAGCUGGUCCAAAGCGCAAUCGAUCGCAUCGUCCUACCGAUACCGGUCGUGCGCGGCAAGCGCCCAGACAUGUCGGCUAUCCUCGAAGCCUACCACACCGAUCUUGUCGCGCAAGUUUCUGCCCAUGACCUGGCAGGCUCUCCCUGUGCACGCCGCGGCAGCAGUGGAGGAGACAUGGCGCAAAGGCGCAGACGCACGACGCGCGAGUCCAGCGUCGGCGUCCUCUUCUGCGGACCUGCCGCGCUGGGCCUGCAGAUCCGCGACAAGUGCACCGCGCUGACGUCGAGAGCCGUUCAGGACGGCAGUGGCAUUCGCUACGUGUUCCAUUCCGAGGUCUUUUAG